UUUAGCUUCAUUCCCUCCGUCUCUGUUUCUGAAGCCGCCGCCGACCGGUUUGACGGCGGGACGGCACCAUCCAAUCUCGGUUCUGCUGAAAAAAUGUCAUUAUCUUAGCUUAGCUUUAUCAUGAUGAAGUAUGCAAGACAUAACCUGCUUAGUAGUUUGGUUCCUCUUCAACAAGGGAGCUUGAACCACCAUCAUAGUCAAUCCAUUGGUAGAUUACGUACCUUUUCUAGUCAAUUUAGAAGAUUUAAUUCUUCUAAUGGGAAAGGCCCAAUUUUCUCCGAAAAGGAUAAGGUUAAUGGACAGUAUCCUCCUCCUUGGUUCAGUGUUGCUCCAAUGAUGGAUUGGACAGAUAAUCAUUAUAGAUUUCUUGCCCGAUUAAUAUCAAAGCGUGCAUGGCUUUUCACAGAGAUGGUUGUAGCAGAAACCAUUGUUCACCAAAAGGACAACUUGGACAGGUUCUUGGCAUUUCCUCCAGAACAACACCCUAUUGUUCUUCAAAUUGGUGGGAGCAAUCUGGAUAACCUAGCAAAAGCUGCUGAACUUGCAAAUGCUUAUGAUUAUGAUGAAAUUAACCUCAAUUGCGGAUGCCCUAGUGGAAAAGUUGCUGGUCAUGGAUGCUUUGGUGCACGCCUCAUGUUUGAUCCAAAGUUUGUUGGGGAUGCCAUGUCAACCAUUGCCACCAAUUGUGAUGCUCCAGUCAGUGUAAAAUGCCGAAUAGGGGUUGAUGAUCGUGAUUCAUAUAAUGAACUUUGUGAAUUUGUUUAUACUGUUUCUUCAAAAUCACCGACCAAGCAUUUCAUUAUUCAUGCACGUAAGGCAUUGCUUAAUGGUCUUAGUCCUGCUGAGAAUAGGACGAUACCCCCUUUGAAAUAUGAAUAUUACUUUGCAUUAUUACGCGACUUCCCAGAUCUGCAAUUCACUCUAAAUGGGGGCAUCACUUGCAUUGAUCAGGUUGCUGCUGCUAGAAGGCAAGGAGCUCACAAUGUCAUGGUUGGUCGUGCCGCUUAUAAUAACCCAUGGCAUAUGCUUGGCCAUGUCGAUAGCGCAAUAUAUGGAUUGCCGCCUUCUGUUCUUUCACGCCGACAGGUCCUUGAACAGUUUCAGAUUUAUGGUGACUCAAUUCUCAAGGAGGAUGGACGCAAAAAGCCAAAUGUCAGACAACUUGUUAAGCCACUGUUGAACUUGUUCCACGGGGAACGGGGAAAUGGCCUUUGGAAGCGCAAAGCUGAUACCGCAUUACACCAUUGCACGACGAUGAAAUCCUUCUUGGAGGAGACAUUGUCGGAGAUUCCCGACACUGUGUUGGAUUCAGUCCCUGAAAGAAACACACCCGAAUCUGACGGUGAUUUUGUUGAUCUUGAUGGCUUGUUGCCACCUCCUUACAGAUGUGAACAACAAUUGCAUAGUUUGAAUGACCAGAAAGCUUCUCCAUUACUAUGUACUGCUUAAAGAAAUAUGAAUUUUGUAUUUUUUUUACCUGUAUUAAUUCAUCUUUCUUCAUUGAUUAAGCAAAUUAUAAAUAUUUUAAUUGCUAGAAUACUUGUGUAAAAUUUAAAUUUCAAGCAAUUUGCACUAUGAGGCAGCACCAAAAAUAACUUCGAA